AUGCAUCACCUGUGCAUUGUGAGGGGAGUGGAGAAGCAGCUGUGGUGGAGCAGAGUCAUCCAAGAAAAAAUCCUGGACCCAUGGGGUCUCGUCCAGGUGGUCCUCACCAACAAGAAGCUGACUGGUAUUAAGUUCCUUGGUAGAAGGAUCCAUGGACUCAUGUCCUGCCUUGUCAAGAGGAGGUCUGAGUUCACCUAUUAUGAGGAUGCCCAGUCCCCUCCACCUUACCACUCCACCCAGGACCAGGACCAGACCCCUGACAGCACUCCUCAGGAGUUUGAGGAGGAGUUUGUGGAGGAGCAAAAUAAUGCUGCAGAUGUGCCCCAGUUGCGGCGUUACUUUGAAAACCAAGGGACAACCAACUUCUCUCUGAGGCUGGCCGGUAUCAGACGUGCUAUGGAGGCUCUGACAUCCUCAGACAGUACCUCCCUCAAUUACCUCACCCACGCUGGGAGGAUGGUGUUGAGUGGACUAUCCGAGCUCAACCAGCAGAUCGACCGCAUCAACUUCGCAGAUGUUUUUUAUGAAUUCGUUCUACUAAGCCUUCUAGAAGGAAAGACAUCUCUUCCUAUAUCUAAGCCUGGUAGCUUCCUUUAUCUGCUCCUGGAAGUCAUAAUGAGGAUUCACCCUCCUGGAGGAGCCUGGACAGAGGCUGCUGGGAACUUCUACCUCCUUGUUAAGGGCCAGAUGAAGGCAUGGCUAGAAUCCAUCUUCAACCUCACUGAGUCAAUCUAUGAAAGCCCAGAGAGGCUCUCGGGGGAGGUGAUGGGGAAUCUAGAAAUACAGGUUGAGUUCCUGCUGUCCAGCCUGGAUUAAGGUUCCCAAACUGAGCCGAGGGCCCCAUCACAAAAUAAAGUGUUUUGCAUUUAAACAUUAUCUGUCAAUCGUAAACAAAUGUUACAUCAUGUGUAGGGGAGAGUGGGGUAAGUUGAGC